AUUUCAUAAGUGCUGUAAUAAUCACAGAUUCCGAUGAAUGAAAACGAUAAGAAGUUAUCUCUACCUCCUCUUCGCAUGUCUGAGCUUCAAGACCUACUUCGAUAAUCAAGUGAAUAGCAUAAAAAGGAAGUCAUAUAUAGCUACAGAGACACGAAGAAGAAAAGACAAAAAGAAAUUGCUGAUUUAGACAAAUACAAGACUAUUGAAAGAAAAGCGUUCAAUUCCCAAAAUAAAUUGUAAGGGAGACCAUUUGGAAAGAAUUUGGAUAUCUUUUUAUGCAAGGAACCUUUGAUUGAUGAUUUCCUAAAACGUCAUAUUAUUGCUCCUCAAAGAAAUCUCGAAAAGGGUCUUAAAGAUAUAAAGACUGGAAGGAAUUAGUUUUUGGACGGGAAGUGCUUUGGAGAGGUGCCUGAAAGCAAAUUGAGUCAAAAGGAAAAGCAAUUCAAAGAGUAUUGGAAGGAAUACAAUAAACAACUUUCGGAAUAAAGAUACAAAAUGUUAUUAGAUUCUUAAACUGGUCUGUAGAAGAAAAUCAAUUAAUAAAAAAGACUAAAAGCUUUGAAAAUAUUUGUGCCCAAUAAGUAUUCACCUGGAUAUUUUGAUGAUCAUCCAUCUUAAAUUUUGAGUUUUACUGAAAUGCACAAACAUUCAUAGCCAUAAAUUUGGAGUCCAAAUAGUUUCUAUGGUGAUUCAUUCGAAGAAAAUCUAAAGUAAUUCUAAUCAAAAAGUAAUUUCAAACUCAGUAACACUGUCUUAAAAGAUCAAAGUAAAUCCUCCAUAAAAGUUGAUUGAAUUAAAUAAGAUAAUUGUUAUUUUCAAUAUGAUUACUGAUAUUAAA